AUGGACCAGGGCCAGGCCGCCGAGCACAGCACAGCUUCGCCGCCGGCCGCUUGGCAGAGCCUCCCUGGCCGGCUGGAAGUGGGGACUCCAUCCCGACCGCCAGCCUCGGCAAACCCUGCCUUCCCUUUCCCAGUCACCACCGCCGACCUGGAGCUCUCCGGCAUGAGGAUGGAGCACGUAGCAGUCACCGUCACCAUAACCCACCCCCGCCGCGGCAACCUGGAGAUCAGGCUCUUCUGCCCCAGCGGCAUGAUGUCCCUGAUAGGGACCGCCAGGAGCAUGGACUCGGACCCCAAUGGCUUUGCUGACUGGACCUUCUCCACGGUCCGGUGCUGGGGCGAGGAAGCGCAGGGCACGUACAGACUGGUCAUCAGGGACAUCGGAGAUGAGAGCCUAAGGCCUGGGACCUUGAAGCAGUGGCAGCUGACCCUGUACGGCUCCUCCUGGUCCCCAGCAGAGAUGAAGGAGCGGCAGAGGGUGCUGGAGGAAGCCAUGAGCGGGCAGUACCUGAGCAGCGACUUCUCCCUGCCCUGCCCUCCCGGGCUGGAGAUCCCCGAGGAGCAGCGCUACACGAUCACAGCCAACACCCUCAAGACCCUCCUGCUGUUGGGAUGCUUUGCCGUGUUCUGGACUUUCUACUACAUGCUGGAGGUUUGCCUGACCAGGAACAACGUGGGGCUCGACCUCACCUGCAACGGCUCCGCCGCCUGCAAAUGGUACCAGCAGGGAGGGAAGCACAGAGCCCUGGAGAGCGGCCUGGAGAUGGAGUCUGUGCCACUCUACCGGGAGAAGGACAUGGAGGACGUCGAGAUGGAGUGUGAGCACCCGGAGCCUGCCCAGGAGGGCAAGGGGGAGGAGGGGUCCUGGACCCCCACCCACCCCAAACUUCCCAGCAGCGGCAGAGCCGCGAGCUUCCACGAGGCGGCCGCCGCCGCCGGAGCAGGGUACCUUGGCCGGGAGGCGACGGCCGAGCUCCUCUCGGAGGACGGGGAGCGCCAGACGUGCUAGCUGGGGCUGGGGGUUUGGGCUGCGUCCCUCCCUCUCGGUACGUCCUUCCCGAGCACGGGCAGCAGAGACGUCCUGAGCCAUCGGGGACCGUUGCCGUUGUGUCCCGCGGAAGGUGGCGUUGGAAGUGGCUCAGAAACGAGGAGGAAGAGUGCUGGCAGUGGAAGGGGAGCUUCCCUUUCCCUCGCUCUGGAAAACAAAGCAAGCCUUAAACCCAUUCCUAACGGAGCCUGCCCUGGAAUGAGCCUGGAAAAUGCGGCAGGGCCUCUGGCAGCCGCCUCUGCAGGCAGGGACCCCACGGCCCUGUCAUUUGCCUUCCCCGCUGGGCUAGGAGCUGGCCAGUACCCACCAGUUACACCCAGCUUAGAAGCGGGGAGCCGUUUUGCCCAUCCCCAACCAGCGCUUGCUCCCUGUCCUCUCUGCUCCGACCCCGCCGCCUCCUCCUGAUCCUCCCGCAGGCAGGCGAGCAGCCGUGCCGUUGGCGAGGCAGAAGGCAGCAGGGCUUUCUCGACCCAUCCCGCUCAGGGCGGGCAGGACGGGGCUGUCCCUGCUGCGCGGCGGGCGCGAAAAGUGGCAGCGCCAGCUUGCCACGGGUAUGGUGGCAGCGCCGCUUCCCCGGGUCUGCCUCCCCGCCGCUCGCCGGGGCCUCGGUUCGCGGCCGGUGCCCGGGAGGGACGAGGCCGUGAGCGGUGCCCGGUUUGGGCCGGGAAGGGGAGGUUGAGUUGCUCUGGCAGUGGCUCAUCUGCGAGCGGGGUUGGCUUCUUCGCGUGUCUUUGGGUUCGUUGGUUUAUUUUUUUAAAGCUGGGGUUUGUUUUUUAAUCAGCAAAGCCCUUUUGUGUAGCUUUCCAAAUAAAAGUCUUAAAAACC